ACUCCGUCCUGUCUUCCCGUGGAGAUUACCAUGUCUAUAAGAAGCUUACGGAACCUCUUCCGUCACCCCAGUUCUAGAUCAUCGGUGACGCCGUAUAUAAACAAAACCCUCCUCCGUCAUCGUCUCCAUAGAAAGAACCUCACCUAUUCAACUUAUUAUCUUCUUUCAGCCAUUACCACUGUUUAAAAAAGCGCAAAUUCUUUUUCUUCCUCCGUUUGUGUCUUUGCCUGUGUCAGAACCCUGUCGUGCCCUUGCUUGAUUUAGAAACUGGUAUGGAAGCCGAGCUGAUGCCCGAAUUGCCGGAGGAGAUCGCCCGCGAGUGCUUCAUCCGGGUCCCCUUCGACGCCUUCCGCACCGUCCGAGCCGUCUGCAAGCUCUGGAAGCACGACCUCGAGUCGCCGUCCUUCCACCGCCUCAGGAAGUCUGCCGGCCUCGCCCGGCCCGUCGUCGCACUCGCUCAGUGCGACCCCACGCCGCUCCCCGCCGACAAGGCCAAGCAGCAAUCCUCCCACUCCCCGCUGCUCUAUCGCAUCUCGCUCUUCGAGCCGUCCACCGGCGCCUGGAGCUCGCCACCGCCGAUUCCCGGCCGCUCUCACGGCCUCCCGCUCUUCUGCCAGCUGGCCGCAGUCGGGAGGGAGCUGGUGGUGGUCGGCGGGUGGGACCCACGCACCUGGGCCACCUCCGACGAGGUCCGCAUCUACGACCUGGUGUCCGGGGCCUGGCGCCGCGGUGCCCGCAUGCCCGGCCCGCGGCGCUCCUUCUUCGCGUGCGCGGGGUCGGAGGAGCACCGGACGGUGUUCGUGGCCGGCGGGCACGACGAGAGCAAGAACGCGCUGCGGUCGGCGCUGGCCUACGACGUGGCGGCUGACGCGUGGGUCCACCUGCCCGACAUGGAGCGGCAGCGGGACGAAUGCCGAGGGGUGUUCGCGCGCGGCGCGUUUCACGUCGUCGGGGGCUACCCCACGGAGGCGCAGGCGCAGUUCACGCGGAGCGCCGAGGCCUUCGAAGUCGCCGCCUGGCGAUGGGGCGCCGUGGAGGAAGGGAAGCUGGAGGAGGCGGGAUGCCCGCGGACGUACGUGGUUGGAAGCGACGGCAGGGCGUACAUGUGUCGGCAGGGUGGGCAAGUGACGGUGCUGCGGGAGGAGGACGGCGGGGCGUGGCGGCGGCUGCCGGACUUGCCCGGUGACUUGCGGGCUGCGCUGCAGUUGGUGACGUGGGAAGGGGCCCUCAUGGUGUUGGGCUUAUGGGCAAAAGGUGGGGCCCAGGUGGCGUACGUCUUGGACCUGACAGAGGAGGGAGAGGGCAAGCGGCUGCAAUGGCGGAAGGUGGAGACGCCGAGGGAAUUCUCCGGCCAUGUUCAAAGUGCGUGCUGCCUUGAGAUAUAAAUUAAUCAUCGAACACUAGGGUGUAAAUAUUCUUUCUUUGAAAGUCGGUAGUUUUAUUUUACUCGUAUGUCGAUCAUCCUGUAACGACGACUCCAAGUCAAAUUGAACAGCAUUAACGUAGGCAUCAAUUUAAUACAAAAAUUUAUGUUAUUAG